AUGAAUAUAAUUAAAAUAUAUACAUCAUUUGGAUUUUUAUUAAUAAUUUGCUUAUCAAGAAUAAUAUCAUACAGUAUAAAUUCGUUUGUAACUUUUGUUAACAAUUUAGUAUAUAACAGAAUUGACAACUUUUCCAGAACAAUUCAAAGGAAUAUUGCAGAAAGAAGUCCUUCAAGAAGCCCAAGGAAACGUGCUUAUGAUUUCUCACUUACAGAAGAUGAAGUGGAAAAUCUUAUCUCAAUAUUACACCUGGAGGCACUAGUUCUAAGUGAUAUAAUAUGUACCAUGAUUCAACGUUUGAAUGAAGAAACGGGUUCCGUAAAUGUUGAUGGAUUAGUUAGGGAUAAAAUUCUUCAACGUAGUAUGAUUGAAUCAACAAAUUACCCCAACUAUGUAAUGGAACCCAUGCAAAUUAGAUUAACUGAGCAAGUUGGUGAUAUAGUUUCAGUUCGUCCUUUAAGUAAAGAUAUAAUUUUGCAAAAGUAUGAACUUUGUAAGAUGGAAUUAGAUGAAUCAGUACAUUUAGUACUGAUUAUAUCAAAACAACAUACAGAAGAAGAGGCAUAUGAAAUUCUAAAUAAUUUACAACUUAUAGGGGAAUUACUAAAUACCAGAUUGAGAAAUGAUGAUAUUAUAGUAGAUGAUAUUACGUUAUCCUGUAUGGCUCUUCGAGCAAGGAGAAGGGCCAUGAACAUUAUUAAUUAUUAUCUUGAUAGGCCAUCCUUUGCAAAGAGCAAUUAA